CUUAUUUCUAUAUCAAUGGGUCUCUCGGCUUCUAACUCGGCCGGUCAUCUGGCUGCUCACGCAGAGGUCGCUCCAAAUCAUGCUGGCAUUACCUUCGCUAUCAGCAACACUCUCGCGACUAUUCCUGGAAUCCUCUGCGGCCCGCUGACAGCACACCUGGUGACAGGUUAUAACGGUCAUUGGCUCUCUGUCUUCAUCAUUGCAGGUUUCGUGAACAUCUUUGGCGCCGUGGUCUACCUCUGUUACAGCACUGCCACCCCGGUCAUGUAA